AUGAGGAGUCCUCCCCGGCUGUUUUCUCGGCGCUCUUGGAUCUGCAUCCAAUGCAGGACCUGCUCGUCUUCUUCCGCGGCCACUGCGGGCGCGCAGCUCCGCAAAUCUAAGAACAAUCUGCCCGACGCUCCGGCGCGCACGCGUUUUGCGCCCUCGCCCACCGGAUAUCUUCAUCUGGGAUCGCUCCGAACUGCGCUUUUAACUAUCUCCUGGCCAAACGCACCGGUGGCCAAUUCCUGCUGCGCAUUGAAGACACCGACCAGGUUCAAACGGACAAUCCCUGGUGCUGAGCAACGGCUCUAUGAUGAUUUGAAAUGGGCCAGAUUACAGUGGGAUGAAGGUCCCGUCAUUGGUGGCCCGUACGGACCUUACAGACAAUCCGAACGGACAGCUUUGUACCGCACCCAUGCCAAUGACUUGAUCGCCAACGGCCACGCCUACCGAUGUUUCUGUUCUGCAGACCGACUCGAUUCGCUCGCCCGGCACCGCAGCCAAGCAGGCCUGUCCCCAGGGUACGAUCGACAAUGUGCAGACAUCUCCGUCGAGGAAUCGGAAGACCGCGCAGCCAAGGGAGAAGCGCAUGUGGUCCGGCUGAAGAUAGAGGGGUACCCGAUGUUUAAUGAUCUGGUCUAUGGCAAGACAGGACAGAAUCGGCCCAGUACCAGCAAGCUGGACUUCAUCGACCGCGUCUACGACGAUCCGAUUUUGCUCAAAUCCGAUGGUCAUCCGACGUACCACUUGGCCAACGUCGUUGACGAUCAUUGCAUGAAGGUUACCCAUGUCAUCCGGGGAACGGAAUGGAUGCCAUCCACCCCAAUGCAUAUGGCGCUAUACAAUGCCUUCGACUGGAAGCCCCCGCGAUUUGGGCAUGUCCCUCUACUCGUCGACAAGACCGGGCAGAAGCUCAGCAAGCGAAAUGCCGACAUUGACCUCUCGUCCUUCAAGGACCAGCAGGGGAUCUUCGCAGCGACGCUGGUGAACUUUGCCGCGCUUCUGGGAUGGUCUCAUUCACAGAAAUCCGACGUCUUCGGUCUGAAGGAGCUGGAACAAAUUUUCAAUCUGAAGAUCACCCGAGGCAACACCGUCGUCGCCUUCGAAAAGCUUUGGUUUCUGCAAAAAGCACAUGCUCAACGCUUCGCAGCAAGCGGUGGUCCUGAAUUCGAUGAGAUGGUGAACAGAGUCUGCUCGACAGUAGAAGAAACCCAUUCUCUCGAGAAGCUGUCCCCGAUCCUGGAAGACCGAACUCUCCCGCAAUACAUCGCGCCGCUCCUCCGCGCCGACGCCAAAUCCUACACAGAUACAACCAACUUCGUCCAGCGCAACUCCACCUUCUUCACGACCCGCCUGAACAGAAACCCCUACACGCCCGCUUCCUCCCCUUCUCCCCCACCCUCAUCAUCCUCUGACUCCAUUACUUCCUCUCCUCCCCAAAUCCCCAUCCAAGCCCUCCACACCGCCGCCGCCGCCCUCACCCUCGUCCCCCCAACCCACUGGACAAUCGAAACCCACCGCACAAACAUCAGCUCCUACGACGGCAGCGACGCCGUUUCCGUUUCCUCUGCCCCGGAAAGCACUAGUAGUGGCGAGGGUACUGGUUCUACUGCGACACUGCCUGCAGCAGACAAAAUCUUCAAAAAGGAACUAUACCACUACCUGCGCUGGGCACUAUCGGCUUCGGCGCCUGGGCCGGGGAUCCCCGAGACCAUGGCGAUUCUCGGGCGGCGGGAGACGGUGCGGAGAGUGCAGGAGGCGAAGAGCUUGACGGAGGCGUUGAUUCCCUCUGCUGGGAGGAGGGUUCCUAAAUCUUCUUCUGGUGGUGCUCAGGAUGCGGAUGAGGAUCGGAGUUGGAUGGGGUCGCUUGCGCCGGAGCGGUAG